GUGCAUGCUGGGCGCACCUCUUUCCCGCGGUGACUGUGCAGAUAAGCGGAGGGGUUUGCGGCGCGAGCCUCCGCUUGUGGCGGGGUCCCCGGCCAGGAUGGUCGGGAUGAAGGUAAUCGCCAACGACACCGAGUUCCAGCCCGAGCUCAGCGCUGCCGGCUCCCGGCUCGUCGUGGCCAAGUUCACCAUGCGGGGAUGUGGUCCUUGUUUGAGGAUAGCUCCAGCGUUCAGUGCUUUGAGUAAUAAAUAUCCCCAGGCAACUUUUUUGGAAGUAGAUGUACAUCAGUGCCAGGGAACAGCUGCAACCAAUAAUAUAUCAGCAACACCAACAUUUAUGUUUUUCCGAAACAAAGUGCGAAUUGACCAAUAUCAAGGAGCGGACGCUGUAGGAUUAGAAGAAAAAAUUAAACAGCAUCUAGAGAAUGAUCCUGGAAAUAAUGAGGACACAGAUAUUCCAAAAGGAUAUAUGGAUUUAAUGCCAUUUAUUAAUAAAGCUGGCUGUGAAUGUCUUAAUGAAAGUGACGAACAUGGAUUUGAUAACUGUUUACGUAAAGACUCUACCUACCUGGAAUCUGACUGUGAUGAGCAGCUCCUUAUUACUGUGGCUUUUAAUCAACCUGUCAAGCUUUAUUCCAUGAAGCUUCAAGGGCCAGAUAAUGGUCAAGGUCCCAAGUAUAUAAAAAUCUUCAUCAACCUUCCACGAUCUAUGGACUUUGAAGAAGCAGAAAGAAGUGAACCAACCCAAGCCUUGGAACUAACUCCAGAUGACAUAAAAGAAGAUGGUAUUGUCCAGCUUCGCUAUGUAAAAUUUCAGAAUGUUAACAGUGUAACUUUAUUUGUCCAGUCCAAUCAUGGUGAUGAAGAGACAACAAGAAUUACUUAUUUUACGUUUAUUGGAACUCCAGUCCAAGCAACAAACAUGAAUGACUUCAAGCGACUUAACUUCCCAGCCCCAAAGAACUAAAAAUGCAGAAGAAAAUGUUUAAAAAUGAAUAUUAAGAUUGACCUAGUCUCGCACUACACCCUUCCCUGUUCCCUCUGCUCAUCUACCAUCUGUCUCACCCUUUCCACAAUCUCACCGGUGGGGCAAGAGCCUUCUCUGCAGAUCCUGUGCUCUGGAACAGCUUUCCUGUACCUCUCUGCUUCAUUGACUCAUCUUCUUUUAUCCCAUCUUAAGAGAUUCUCUCGCAACUUUGCUUUCUUAAUUUUUAUGCUUGUUAACAUUAAAACUAGAUAAUAGAUUUGUUACAUAAUGCUUUAGACCUUGUUUUCUGAGACUUUUAUAGUCCAUCUUAUAUUUAAUUCUGUAAAACAAUUUGAGAUGCAAUUUGGGACUUGGUCAAGUUUUUUAAUUUGUUAUAUAAAAUGUAUGGUGAAUAACAGUCUACUUUGCUUUUAAGGUGUAAUCUGUUAUGAAGACAAUUUCAGGUUUUUUUCAUCUAUAGUUACAGUUCCAAACUUCCGAUCUAGUUGGCCAAUUUUUUGGUGGUAAUAUGUUCAGCAAAUCACAAAUUCAUUUCCUUGCCAUUGUUGGGCCAAUCAGGUCAAGCAGUUAUACACAUAAUAAAAAAAUCUAAUUUGAAAGAUUUGUAAAAUUGUCAGAAUUGCAGUACCUAAUCAUAGUUAAGGUACAAUAGCUAACAAACAGCUGUCAUAGCAAGUGACCUGUAAAUGACAAGAGGGAGAUAGAUUUCUUGUAAAAAUUAAGAUAUUGUUCUUACAAUCAUCCUUUAUUUGGGGUACAGAUGGGAAAUCUUUUUGGCCGGUGAUGACACACUAUCCAUUCUGGUGCUUAAUUUUUGCAGGUAAUACACAUGGGCAAGUUGACAAUUCCCACCUCUGAAUGGUAUAGAUCUAUUUCUCGAAUGAUACACAUCUGCUAACAUCUUAAUCUUUGAUAUUAGUGUUUUUAAGUUUAAUCCAAAUCUGGGCACUGUGCUUGGGGUUUGAGAUGCACAAAAUACAUAUUUUGCUUAAGUUUAAUAUUUUUUAACUUGAUUAAUCAUACUUUAACAAGUGAAUGAUUUUUUUUUCUGGACACUUCAACAUUUCUGUCCAACUAGAAUUCUCUUGGCCCUAUGCAUUAGACUCUUCAGCUCAAUGAGCAUCCUUCUGGCCAUCAGUUCUUUGAAGGAAAUGACCAGUAGAUUCCAAAUCUCUUUACAAGGGAAUUCAAUCACCAUUGGGGUAUUUUUGGUGUGAAAACAAUUGCAGCUGAAUGGUGGAAGGCAUUUCCUUUCAGCUGUUGGAGACCCUGCGAAGGAGGAAAUACAGGGAAAGUAACCCAGAUCUCCCAUGUCACAGCAGAACAUAAUCACUGUUCCAACCAGGUUCACCAACCUUCAUCUUUCAGCCAGUACUAAAGUACAGAGUUCUAUAAACCUUUGUGAGAAAAUGCUGUGUCUUUGGGAAACAAGGUGUACAGCAAAGGUAACCAUACUAUCCCGUAAACACAUUUUCCCACAGCAAGCAGCUUUGAAAAGUAAAAAUCUCUAUUUUAAUAAGACUUCAGCAUUAUCAGUACUAUUGUGCUAAAUUUAGAAGGGUAAGCAGAUAAAAGCAGAGGAUGAUUUUCCCCCCCUUCAUUUGUUUAGUUUGUAACCAGUUACUUCUGGGUUGUCAAAUUCAAAUAUAUAGUUCUAGUCUGAAAGGUGACUACACACCAAUCUGCUGCCUAUCUUGUGUGUACUUAUCUUAGCUAAGUGAACUGGAUUCUUUCUUUCUGUGUAGCAAAGAAUGGUUUAAACUCCAGUUCUUUUUACUUGUGUGUGCAGCCUCAAAGCUAUUGAGAUGUCUGUAGAAGGCAAAUCUGCCCUCUAAAUCUUUACUGCUGGUGAUGUAUAGAAAGGGAAGAACUAAACUUGAAUCUGAUUCCAUACUGUUUGCAGAGCUUGCAGUUAGGAAUUAUUUUCACUGACCAUGUGCACACUUGACAUCAGUCAUUGACAAUAAAUGUAGAAUGCUGCUAUGCCACUUCUGUUUACUUUUCAGUGUUGAAUUGAAUUCUAAAGCAACAUUUCUUGACAAAGACCUAUCCUUAAUGUAAACCUAGUUGAUCUCCUGCCUAGAAGGUUGGGUUUGGGGUAGUCUUACCACUAAACUUUGUGUUCAGAUCUGAUUCUUGAUAUCUAACUUGGUUUUGUGAAUAAUAAAAAUAUGUAGAUUGUUUGCUUUUUCCUAACUUGCUCAAACAAAUGAGAUUUUUACUAUCUGGAUUAAAAAUACUAAAAAUUGGGGAUUUCCUCACACAAUGUUUAAUCGUUGCAGGAAUUUAUAGCUCCAUCAGUUUACGGCACUAGAAUGUGUGCUGAAAAAUCCAUGAAUACCAUGGGAGGAAUAUCACGUUUUGUUUAGAGCUUAUAAAAAUGUUUGUGGAGUUUGUUUUCCAACUUAACUUUCAUUAGUGAUUA